AAUAACGAAUCAAAGAUAAAGCAGUGAAACAUUGUGAGAAUUGAAAUGUAACUUCGUAAAAGUUAAAAAUAAUGAAAAUGUUGAAACCACUGAAAAAUUCAAAGGUUAAAAAUAGUAAAAACAAUAAUCUUAACGGUUUGGAUGGUUGUCACAUUUGUGCUGCUAUGACUAACCAAUACUGUAUGAUCAACUACAAAACUGGGGACAUCCAAGAUUUGUUUCCUUAUAAUAACGAACACACAAAAGCUAUUGUGAAGCGGAUCGGUAAGAGUUUAUGGUUCCAACAGAUUCGAUCAGCUCAGAACGACCAUUGUUGGUGACAACUCCCCAUACCAUUACAGAGAUACCGCCAAAAUCCAUUGGUCCAGGAGAGGGUUCAACACUGGAGUCUAGCGAAACUAACAGGGCUGACAAGCCAACUGUAAGAAGGAAUAAAAUGCACAAGCUAAAAUUUACAUUACGAUUUUCCUUAGACACCCAGCUGUUUUGGUAACUUCUAGAAUUUCUAUAUGAUCCAAUUCUUAUUCUGUGUACCAUAAAAUCA